UGAAUCAGUUCUCUUUGCACCCAUAACUCAAAUGACCAUUGCCUCUAGAGCCCUCUUCCUCUUCAAGAAUUCACUCACAACAGCAAUCACUGUAACAACAACACCAAAGUCCCAAGAUUGGAGAAACCAAUUCAAACAAACCCAAUUAGUUUCCCUAAUAUCCUCUAUUCUCUUACAAAGACAAACAAACCUCUGGCCUUCACUUCUCAAGAACCUCAAACUUUCUUCCUCACAAUUAACUCCAUCUCUCUUCCUUCAAAUCCUCCACAAAACCCAAAAAACCAACCCACAAGUCUCUUUACACUUCUUCCACUAUGCAAAGAACAAUCUUGGGUUCCAACCUGAUGCCAAAAUUCUUUGUACCCUUGUUUAUGUACUUCUCGGGUCCGGACUAUCCAAACCCGCAAAACCCAUAUUGGAUUCUCUCAUUCAAACAUACCCACCAACCCAAAUUGUUGAUUUCUUGAUUCAUUCAUUCAAAGCUGCUGACUUUCACAUUCAGGUUUCAGUAUUGAGCUCAGUUCUAGAUAGUUAUUGCAAUAAAGGUUUGUUCUUUGAAGCUCUUCAAGUUUAUAGAAAUGCUAGAGAAUAUGGGUAUUUUAUAUCUACUGAUAGUUGCAAUGCACUGCUCAAUUUGCUGUAUAGAAAGAAUGAGUUAAGAUUGGCUUGGCGUUAUUAUGGUUCUAUAAUUAGGAAUGGGGUUCAGGAGAAUGUGCUUACUUGUUCCUUAAUUGCUCAGAUGCUCUGUAAAGAUGGGAAAUUUGAGAAAAUUGUUCCUAUUAUUGACAAGGGUUUAUGUAGUCCUGUUAUGUAUAAUAUACUUAUAGACUGUUACUCCAAAAGAGGGAAUUUUGAAGCUGCAUUUGGAUAUUUAAAUGAUAUGUAUGGGAAAUCUAUUGAUCCUACCUUUAGUACUUUUAGCUCAAUUCUUAAUGGUGCUUGCAAAUAUCAAAAUGCCGAAGUAAUAGACUCAGUGCUGAGUUCCAUGGUGGAGAAAGGACAUUUUCCAAAAGUUAUGUCGCCCGAUUACAAUUCUGUAAUUCAGAAGUUCUCUGAUUUGGGAAAGACAUAUGCAGCUGAAUUAUUUUUCAGGGAAGCUUCUGAAAAAAAGAUUGAACUGCAAGAUAACACUUAUGGAUCUAUGCUGAGGGCACUUUCCAAGGAAGGUAUAGUUGACGAUGCUAUUUCGAUGUACAACAUUAUAAUUGACAGGAAAGUUGUCAUCAAUGACAAAUGCUAUAGUGCCUUCAUGAGUGUCCUAUGCAACGAAAAUCCAUCAGAAGAAGUCAGCGGUUUGUUGAAAGACUUGAUAGGAAGAGGAUUCGCUCCUCCCAUAUCUCAAGUGUCUAAAUUUAUUUUUUCUCUGUGUGAAAUGCGUAAGUGGAAAGAAGCUGAGGAGCUUCUGAAUGUUAUUCUUCAGAGAGGACUUCAGCUUGAAUCGUUUUGUUGUAGCUCUUUGGUGCGUCACUAUUGCUUUAGCAGAAGGAUUGAUUCUACCAUUUCUUUACAUACUGAACUAGAGAGACUUGGUGUUGCUUUAGAUGUAAAGACCUACACUAUACUACUCGAUAGGUUGUUUAAAUCAAGACGGCGUGAAGAAGCUCUAAGGAUCUUUGAUUACAUGAGAACUCAUGACAUGUUAAGCAGUGAAAGUUUUUCAAUCAUGGUUAGGGGGCUAUGUCAGGAAAAGGAAUUUAGAAAAGCAAUGAGAUUGCAUGAUGAGAUGUUGAAAUUGGGGCUUAAACCCCACACAAAAGCAUAUAAGCGUUUGAUUUCUGGGUUUGGCUAAAUAAUAUAUUUUGGCUUCAGUCAUAUUUUAUUUCUUCCCUUACUAUACAUACUGUACAACAUGGCUGCUCAUCUGGGAGUAGAUUUUCGUGAUGGCAUGAUGCUCGCCAUCCAAUUAUGGUAUCCCUAUAUGCACAAAUGGAACAGCGUACAAGUUGAAAAAUUAAUAUGUUCUCUACUUACAAAAGGGUAAGGCAUGCUGCUUACAAUAGAUCGUUUUGGUUUGUCCUUUCCCCGGACUGCGUGCAUAGCGGGAGCUUAGUGCACCGGGCUGCCUUUUUUUCAUACGUCACUUCUUCAUUAAUAAAGUAUUUAAGAUGCGCGUGUCACGGAAGUUAAUGAUAUGCUGUCUGAAGUUGUUAUAGUAUUAGUGGAAAUGUUUCGAGGGUAAUCUCAAGUCUCAAAACUGAACACCAGGUGUCAUAACCUAUCUGCACGCUGAUAUGGGUGAUCCAUGAGGAAUCUCCCCUUGUGCUGAUUAGGGAUGAAGGUAUUGGAGGCAGAAAAAUGGUGAGGACUCACACUCGAAGUUCUUUCCAACGCAAGUGCAAGCGUCAAACAUAAGCUAGAAGAUGGCCCCUUAGUGACAUAUUUAGUGCUGAGAGUG